AUGAGUGAGACAAUUAACUUUCAAACCAAGAAAGCUGGUGAACUUAAAGUAACUCGCCAAAAGGAGAAAGAUCUAUACACCCUCAAUUUCCCAGCUCGUCCAGCAGCAAAAACCGAUUUGCCCGAUGGACUGUUGUCAGCGCUACGCAGCAAUAUAACUCCCAUCGAAGUUUAUAAAGCAAGAGAUCAUAUGCUCGUUUAUGACAACGAAGCUGCUGUCAAAGAAUUGUCGCCGGAUUUUAUGGCGUUAGCUAACAUUAAUGAUGUUUUUAGUGUGAUUGUUACUGCUCCUGGUGAUAAAGUCGAUUUUGUUUCGAGAUUCUUUGCACCGAGUGCCGGGAUUCCUGAAGAUCCCGUUACUGGUUCAUCCCAUUGCAGUCUAACUCCUUAUUGGGCUGAACGGUUGGGUAAAAAUCAACUGCAUGCUUACCAAAUUUCCACGCGUAAAGGGGAACUUUGGUGUGAAAAUCAAGGUGAUAGGGUGCUCAUAUCAGGCAAAGCAGUUACUUAUUUAAAAGGUGAAAUCAACGUUUGA